AUGGUAACAAUAUGGUGCGCGAAAGUGACGUGUCUACGACGUCUCGUCGAGACUGGCGAGUUAGCCAAGGAACUUAGCAUCGAAGAAAGUAGAGUUGCCGUACCGAGAAGUCAAUCCGGUCCGAAUUUUUUUGCAUGGAUAAACAGCUUCGAAAGUGAAAGUGCCGCUAAUAGGUUUGCACAACGGUGGGAUGGGAAAAGGGUUUGCACCUAUGAAAUAAAAUGUAAAGCGGUGAAGACCAACGAAAAAGGUAGAAGUAGAUCGUUAUGUCCACCAACUUCUCGACCACAGAUGUCUGAAACUCAAUCUCAUGUGAAGCCUCGUCUCGUCUCUGCACAAAAGCCGGCAAUGUUUACAUCGACACACCGUGCAUCGAUAUUUCGAGACCAAGAAAGUAGUGACGAUGAUAAACAUAGCAAUAAUUACCGCAUCACAACCGCAGAUUCAGCAACUUCACGUCAAUCGCGUCAAAGUGAUCGUAAUUUUCAAUUCGAUCAAAGACCUGUCAUCCGAGAAAUACGUAGUACCAACACGCCUGCUAUACAUUCGAGACCUUCUGUGUGCUUACCGAGUUAUGCUUUUUCAAGAAAAACUGACGAAACUGGAACAUGCAAUGACGGUACUCACUGCGAAAAUUUUGAUUGCAAAGCUGACCAUCCGAUUGGUAGAACAAAGCCAUGUAAAAACGCAGCGAAUUGCACAGAUGCGGGAUGCCGAUGUUUACAUCCUUCAACCCGUCCACCUGUUCGCACUGAAUUUGACAAUGGUCAAGCGUGGCAGUGUGAUGCAUUACAUUCGGAUAAUCGAUUAAAAGAUUGUAUAUACGGUCUACACUGUUACAAUAGUGCAUGUACUUGUCUACAUCCAUCAAACCGAAAAGUAUGCUUUUUUGGCGUUGGCUGCAAAGAUCUCGAUUGCUCGGAGAAUCAUCCACCGGGACGAUCGAUGGAAUGCGAUAAAGGUGUCAAUUGUGGUUACUAUUACUGUCACAAUCUUCAUCCUACCAAUUGGGAUCCAUGCCAAGAUGGCAGAAAAUGCGCGAAUCCUGCUUGUCCGCAUACAUCGCAUCCAUCCGAUCGAGUCUUGUUUGGUGCUUUAAGGUAUACCAACGAGAAAGGUCCUUUUGAAUCAUCGAAAACGUUAAAGACAUUGGAACAACGUCAAGAAGAAAGGAAGAAAGCAAACCUACCUAUAUUGGCUUGCCAAAACGAGUUUUGUCAGCGAUUAAGCAAAGAACGUGUUUUAGUCGUUACAGCUGAAACGGGGAGUGGAAAAAGUACCCAGUUGCCUCAAUAUGCAGCUGAAUAUUUCCGUGGGCUCGUUAUCUGCACUCAACCUAGAGCACUUGCAGCCGUCGCACUCGCACGUCGUGUUGCCAAUGAGUACGAUGGAAUAUCUGUGGGCGAAUCGGUCGGUUACGAAGUAGGACGUAGAGGCAUUCAGAGCACUACUAACCAAGUACCUGGCACAAGUAUCGUUUUCAUGACUGAUGCUGCUUUGAUACAAAAGAGUCAGCUAGACCGUCAAUUGAAUGACGUGAAAGUUUUAAUUAUCGAUGAAGCUCAUGAACGAUCACUUAAUACUGACAUUGUUUUGGGCAUAGCAAAACUAUUAUUGUUCGAGCGACCAUCUGAGUUUUACGUAGUUAUCGCUUCGGCUACAAUCGCACCUGAAAAAUUUCUUCGAUUUUUUGCUAAACAUGAUAGUCAAGCACUUUGCGUCGCUGGUCGAGUAUAUCCUGUUCAAACUGAAUAUAUCCCGAAACCAGAUGAUUCUGAAGAAGACCAUGUAGUGUCUACUUUAUUGAAAGUUCAUAGUCACCACGAAGGACAUACUUUGGUAUUUCUUCCAGGUCAACAAGAAAUUGAGCAGGCUAUUAAUCUUUUUACCGCAAGCAUACCCGAGAAUUGUGUUGCAUUACCAUUGCACGGAUCGCUUUCGCCCGAAGAACAAUCUCAAGUUCUCCAGUUCGAUGAGAAUCCAUCUGAACAUCGACGACUGGUAAUUUUCUGCACUAAUAUUGCUGAAACAUCGCUAACUAUUAAAAAUACUCGUUUGGUAAUCGAUUCUGGAUUGGCCAAAGAGGCUCGAUUCGAUCCUCAACGUCGACUUACUAUUAUCGAGACGGUUCGUAUAUCGAAAUCAUCAGCAAACCAACGAACCGGUCGAGCAGGUCGAACAGCAACCGGACAUUGCAUCCGUUUGUACAAAGAAGAUGAUUUGCAACGUGAUAAUAUCGAGCCAGAGAUUCAACGUUCGUCUCUUGAUUCGGUCACCCUACAACUUCUUCGUUUGAAACUCGAUCCAGCGUCAUUUCAUUUUCUGGAUCGCCCAAAGGAUACAGAUUUACGUGCGUCAUUUACACUAUUAACCGAACUAUCAUGUUUGAAAGAAAACAAUAGAAGACUCACCCGACGCGUCGUUACAGCUGAAACGGGGAGUGGAAAAAGUACCCAGUUGCCUCAAUAUGCAGCUGAAUAUUUCCGUGGGCUCGUUGUCUGCACUCAACCUAGAGCACUUGCAGCCAUCGCACUCGCACGUCGUGUUGCCAAUGAGUACGAUGGAAUAUCUGUGGGCGAAUCGGUCGGUUACGAGGUAGGUCGUAGAGGCAUUCAGAGCACUACUAACCAAGUACCUGGCACAAGUAUCGUUUUCAUGACUGAUGCUGCUUUGAUACAAAAGAGUCAGCUAGACCGUCAAUUGAAUGACGUGAAAGUUUUGAUUAUCGAUGAAGCUCAUGAACGAUCACUUAAUACUGACAUUGUUUUGGGCAUAGCAAAACUAUUAUUGCUCGAGCGACCAUCUGAGUUUUACGUAGUUAUCGCUUCGGCUACAAUCGCACCUGAAAAAUUUCUUCGAUUUUUUACUAAACAUGAUAGUCAAGCACUUUGCGUCGCCGGUCGAUUAUAUCCUGUUCAAACUGAAUAUAUUCCGAAACCAGAUGACUCUGAAGAAGACCACGUGGUGUCUACUUUAUUGAAAGUUCACAGUCACCACGAAGGACAUACUCUGGUAUUUCUUCCAGGUCAACAAGAAAUUGAGCAGGCUAUUAAUCUUUUUACCGCAAGCAUACCCGAGAAUUGUAUUGCAUUACCAUUACACGGAUCGCUUUCGCCCGAAGAACAGUCUCAAGUUCUCCAGUUCGAUGAGAAUCCAUCUGAACAUCGACGACUGGUAAUUUUCUGCACUAAUAUUGCUGAAACAUCGCUAACAAUUAAAAAUACUUGUUUGGUAAUCGAUUCUGGUUUGGCCAAAGAGGCUCGAUUCGAUCCUCAACGUCGACUUACUAUUAUCGAGACGGUUCGUAUAUCAAAAUCGUCUGCAAACCAACGAACCGGUCGAGCAGGUCGAACAGCAGCCGGACAUUGCAUCCGUUUGUACAAAGAAGAUGAUUUGCAACGUGAUAAUAUCGAACCAGAAAUUCAACGUUCGUCUCUUGAUUUGGUCACUCUACAACUUCUUCGUUUGAAACUCGAUCCAGCGUCAUUUCAUUUUCUGGAUCGUCCAAAGGAUACAGAUUUGCGUGCGUCAUUUACACUAUUAACUGAACUAUCAUGUUUGGAAGAAAACAACAGAAGCCUCACCCGACGCGGUGAGCUUUUCAGCGAACUUGGUCUCGAUCCGCGUCUGUGUGCAUUUCUAGUCGACACUUAUCUGGAACACGGUCCUAUCAUUGACCUAACUGCCACUAUCGUUGCCANAGCGUCAUUUCAUUUUCUGGAUCGUCCAAAGGAUACAGAUUUGCGUGCGUCAUUUACACUAUUAACUGAACUAUCAUGUUUGGAAGAAAACAACAGAAGCCUCACCCGACGCGUCGACACUUAUCUGGAACACGGUCCUAUCAUUGACCUAACUGCCACUAUCGUUGCCAUUUUAACGGCACCUGGAUCAAUAUUUAUUAUGGGCGGCGCAACCAAAGAACUCAAGCAAGCAGCUCUUGGUCGCGUUUCAUUAGGAGCGCAGCAAUACGAAAGUGACCUGAUUUAUUUCACUACGGUUUACAAUCAAUGGAAGAAAAUAGGUGAGGUAGAUCUUACGUCUCGUAUCUGUUUAAAAUGUCAGAAAGUAACUAGCAAACGAGAGCAAGCAUGUCGCCCAUGCCGCGUUGCGUACAGCUUAGAGAAUAAUUUAAACAGCAAAGUUCUGUACAAUGUGGAGAAUUCAUCGGAUUUUUUUAUUAAAAUAAUCAAAAACACAUGUUGGAAACUCAGUCCUGGUUUCUUAACACAAGCGAUCGAGAAUGACAUUAUAGGCAGAUAUUUGCUAAAAUAUUUUCCUGAAAAUUAUGGAUGUCUUCUCAUAGCACACCUACCGAACGAAGGCGUUUAUCUACAAAAGAAUCAGAUUCGAGCACGAGUCACUAGAACAAGUGUUUUUGUCCAACGUCGAAUAAACAAAACUCAUUUUAUCGCUAUGUCAAUAACUCAAUUGCCUAGUAAUGACUAUGUGAUUGAACGUUUACACCCUAUUCACCCAUCAAACGAUAAACUACUUCAAACUUUAUCGCCACUGAAAAAAUUAAAGAACGUCGGCUGGGAAUGGAAUAUCGAAAUACGAAAGAAAAUGAAAAACUAUGAUAAAAAACCGUGGUCGAAAUGGCUUGCCUACGAAUACGAUCAGUAUCAGUGCAAAUUCACCGUAUGGGGUAAACGUACAGACAGUGAUGAAAUUUGUGGUAGCUUGAAAGUUGUUGCAAAAUCCACACGCCUAGAUUUAUUGGAUCGUAAUCGUUGCCUUGAUUGUGGACCGAUUCGAGCGUCAUUUAACAGCGGUUUAACUUGUAUACGUAUCGACACCAUAUAUCAUACGACACUUUCGAAAAAUCGAAUUGACUUGCACCAUGUCCCGUGCAAGACAUUGGAACAAUUCUAUGAAUGGUUUGGGUCAUACGCUGGUUNUAGCUUGAAAGUUGUUGCAAAAUCCACACGCCUAGAUUUAUUGGAUCGUAAUCGUUGCCUUGAUUGUGGACCGAUUCGAGCGUCAUUUAACAGCGGUUUAACUUGUAUACGUAUCGACACCGUAUAUCAUACGACACUUUCGAAAAAUCGAGUUGACUUGCAACAUGUCCCAUGCAAGACAUUGGAACAAUUCUAUGAAUGGUUUGAGUCAAACGCUGGUUGUCCUCGUCAGACUAUUCGAGAGCAUAGUUUUCGUUCAUGCAUUGAACCUAAAGCAGCGAGCAAUGGUUACGAAGCGCCACCUUGCUUCGUUAUGCUCGGAUCUGCCGAUGCUUUCACUCGAGUUAUGAAAGAUUUACCAAAAUACUAUAUUAAUCCUCAUCAAACUGGUGUAUUUGAUUGCGUUCAUAUGCCUGAAAAGACUACAUGGGGUCGUCAGUUAAUACUGAAAGUUCAAGCAGAUAAAUCAAUAAAUGAAGAACAAGUCAAAACAAUCCUAGGCAGUUCCAUUGUAGAUUGUAAGCGGCAAGGCAAAAAAGGCUUAUCUGUCUUACAUCUGACGAAUUUACCAGCUGACAUCGAAGAGCAACAAGUCAGAAAACUUCUCGGACCCGAUUAUGAUCCUCAACACAUUACUAUUUUGCGUUCUGAUCCUAAUAAUUAUAAAAUAGGCAGCACUACCGUCCGUAUCACUUUCGAUGAUCGGCAGCAAUGCAAUCGAGCGUGUCAAUUACUCGCAAAUGAAUUAUGCAAGGAAACACACUUGAUCACGAUCUUUUCGCAGAAACACCAAAGGUAUACGAAGAUCUCUGUUAAUCCCACCUGUGAAAGAUUACAAGUAGAACCUUCCGAAUUUCUGAUAACGGCAAGGAGUCGAAAGGAUGCACAUGAUAUUUAUUCGAGAGUAUGGCCUUUUUGGACAGUACGUACCUCAGCAUGUGUUACUGUCACACAUUUAGAACUCUAUCCAGAUCUCGACAAGUCAAUCUCGUAUAUAUGUAACAAGUUUCACGUUCGUGAAGAACAUCAUCCUCUGCCGCAGCGCGGUGAUUAUCAAGCUGCGCGUUAUUAUUUUUCGGACGCUGUCCCGUCUGCAACUGCUCUUGCUGCAGCCAUGCUCUAUCAAAUAACAUCGCCGAUUGCCAUUAAAUUAAUUGAUAAUCGGCAAAGAUAUCUGUUCAAAGAACUUUUCGAUCAAAAUAGAAUACAAGCGUGGACGAAAGAACUGAAAUUAUCGUGCGAAGAAAAAGAUAAAUAUGGCGCUAUUGUAGAAAUUUGUGGACCGCAAAUCGAACAAGGUCAAUUAAUGCGUCGUAUUGGCGACUACGCAGACGAAUUUGAUCAGCGGUUCAUUGUUUACGAUUUGAAUGCUACAACUGUCGGUUAUUUCGGUCGUCAGAAAGCUGCCGAUGUGAAAUUACAAGAAAUCGAUAAAAAGUAUCAAUCUAAAAGUUGCAGUGUCGUUCUUGAUCGUCGAACAAGUUCCAUCAUAUUUUAUGCGCAGCCAAACGCAACAAUAGAAGCAGUUACCACUUGUAAGACCGACAUCGAACAAUUACUGAAGAUGUUCGUUAACAUAAAUGACGACAAUGGUUCAGAAAUGUCUGAUAUAACUUAUCAACAAGAUUGUACACGUGAAUGUUCGUUUUGUGAACAGAAAAGAAUUGCCACUCGAACAUUUCGUAUAUGUGGUCACGCCUAUUGUCGAUGUGCGGUGAGCAAAUUGAAGAAAUUGCCGUUGAGUUGUCCAAGAUGUGAACGGAAUAUUCAUAUUCAAGAUAUCAACGAGAUGUUCUGUAGUAAUCGUGGCGACUUAGUUGAAUUAUGCAAAGUUGCUAUUCAAAACUAUAUUAAUUGUCCUACCAAUGCGACAGACAAAGAUCUUUUAUUUUGCCCGAAUGAGUCGUGUGAAGGAUUAAUCAUUCGUAGCAAAGAUUAUCAAACAUGUCUUACUUGUGGACGUGGUGUCUGCGCGAAAUGCAAACUAAUCGACGAUGAAUUGCACGAAAAUCGUACGUGCGUCGAACGUGAACAAUUGAGAAAAGAGAAAACAGAAUUUUUUCCACAACUUUUCAAAGAUGUCAAAGAAUUUGUUGAGGACAAUUGGCCACCCGCAUUGCCACGUAUUGUCGGUAUUAUUUGCAAUCCGUAUCUCGAACAACCAUCAAAAAGUCCAUCGUUGAGAUGUUUUUAUGAAGGCGUUCGUGAACUGGGAUGUCAACCACCACCUGAUAUAAGCCAAGGUUUCUUUGGUUUUCAUGGUACAUCAGCGAAAGCCGUGGAAUCGAUUUGUUAUUCUGGUUUCGACCCUAGUCGACGUUCAGGUCAAGUCUAUGGAAGUGGAGAAUACUUCGGUGUUAAAGCAACUAUUUCACAUGGCUAUUCCAUCAAGGAUAAUCCAUCGUCUGAAAGUUAUAUGAUGAUUGUCGCUUAUGUUCUGAAAUGUGAUCGAGUCAAAACCCAGAAAGAUUUUUGCUAUGUAGUGAAUAAUCCAACUGAUUGGAAGACUGCGUUUAAUCUACCGGUAGCUGUAAUUACAUAUGGAAAAAAGGCGGAAAAUAAGUUGAAAUUUUCGUUUACUCUCAGUUCAACGUGUACAAGUCAACUUCCAGAAACCAGCUGUUUGAAGACAUGGACAUCACCUUUCCGCUGGGCUUGGCGCAAAGACGAUCGGACAUUCGAGCCGUACAAUGACAAGAUCAAUCAGAUACUGGAAGAGUCUUACGAAAAAUGGAAACUUCACAAAGGCCCAUCAUCCUUCGUCACACCACCACUUAUUCGUUAUAUCGAUGAUCUUCCGCAAACGUAUCAAAUUGACUUCGCAGCAAAUCAACAAACUAAUAUGAAAACUCAUUUUCCACGUAAUAUCGAACGAAGCCGUCUGGAAGACUCGAAACUUAAUGUCAAAGUACGAUGGUUCUACCAAAAUGAACACAAACUAUGGACACCUUACGAAACUAUGGUACAACAAAACAUUGAGAACGCCUAUCAAGCCUAUGUAAAAGGCGAUGGUUCGAGUAAAUUCCGUGUUCAAUUUCCUGGUCGACCGGAACUAUAUGAAAUCAAUUUUGUCAUGGGCAUACAAACCAAUACGGUCUCGAAUGAACCACGACAGAUAAAACGUGAAUGA